GAAAGUCGAAAGAAACGAGCGAGAGAAAGGACAGGAAUCAAAACAAAAAUCUGUCAAAAAUCGAAGAAAUUUGAUAGACGAUUAAUUAAAUCAGUGCGGAGAAGAAAAAUCUCCUCCCUGCUCCUAGAAAAAUAGCGAAAUUUUCAAGCAUUCAACACCGUAUCCUCAGGAUUGCUGUGAUAUCAGUUUUUUAAGGUGAAACAAGUCUCCGAUACCUGUCUGGUAACAAUUUUUUGCCGGCCAGCAAAAGUUCCGGAAGCAAUACAAAGGAAAGUGGAUCGUUCCGGUGGCGAAGGUGGAUUUGGCAGUGGCGGUGCCCAGCGUCAGGCAAUGGCCACGGUGCGUAUCCCGGAGCAGAAAGUGAUCCUUUGCGGCGAGUACGGCGUCGGAAAGAGUUCCAUAUUUCGACGGUUUGCUACCAACAGUUUCGUGACGGGCACGGACCGGCAGUCGACCCUUGGGUUGGACCAUUACGAUCGGAGUUUUGCCGUUGGGGAUAAGGCCAUCAAGCUCCAACUCUGGGAUACCGGUGGCAUGGAGAGGGUCGCUUCCGUCACUUCCAGCUAUUACAAGUUUGCAGAAGCCGCCCUGCUGGUGUUCGCGCUGGACAACCCGGCGUCGUUCCAUUCGUUGUCCCAGCACAUGCUGGACGUGGUGACCUAUGCGGAGAAUGCCAAGAUUUUUCUAGUCGGAAACAAGGUCGACAUGGAGCAAACCGGGGAUCCGGAAGUGUCCGACGCGGACAUGGAAUCGUUCUGCGAGCAGUGCCACAGUUUGAUCAGUGCAACUUACAAGACUUCGUGCAAGACGGGCGAAGGCCUGGAGGAAAUGUUCCAGGACAUUGCCAACAGCUUGGUGGAGUCGAACCGAUCGCGGCUGGAACUGCAGGCGCUGGAUUCGCACGGUUUCAAGAUCGAACCGCCGGAGGAGUUUGGAGAGCCGUCUUGUCUUUGCUAGUAUUUCGUGCCCUAAGUGAAUUAGGGCAAAUGAAAAUGGAACUCAUACUAAUCAUUUUUUUUGUACUGAGGGGAAGUUCUUGCAGCAAGGCCGUCCGGAUUCGUAAGGGGGAUUCACUUAGAGGUGUUUGGUGGGGUAGAGUUUAAUCUUGCGCAUUGUGAUUCGAUUGUAGGUUGUAGACGUUAUCGAACAGUUUGUGAACCUUCGUAAAUUUUCCGGCUAACCGGAAGUGAUUGCCAAUUUUCGCUGUUUAGCAUGAUAGACACGUUCAGAGUGCCAUAAGAAUCGGUAUAGAUGUAAAUUUCGGAACGGAUCUACAACUACUUAAUUUUAUUUCUCUUCAAAUGGUCACGAUAUGAUAGUUUUAUUGUUUUAAUUUGUGAAAUCAAUGAUGGGGGCAGAUUUCAAAGAAGCUGCUGGAAAAUAGUAACUCAUUUGAUUAUUGGGAACAUUUAUGAACAAUUGAUCAAAAUGAAAGACAACUAAUAACUGACUAAUUAUUAUACAUACAAUUAACUACAUAUAAUGAUAACAUUGUAAUGGCUUUUAAAUCAACACCGUAAUUAGCGCUAUCAUAAUGUAAAAUUACAUCGAUAUUAUUGCUACAUAAUUGUGGAUCGCGCUAUUGGUAAAAUUAGUUUUAGUGCUAUGUAGUUGCAAAUUAUAUGAUAUAGUGUAGAAAUCGUUUUUUAAACUACCAAUAAAGGCAAUGAUAUUUAGAAGUAA